UCCUCGGCAUGUUUCAUGUUGACAUGCGUAAAAACUACACUUCCCCAAAGCUGUCACGGAGCGCUCCCGCGUCCCAUUGGCUGCUCGCUGCAGCCGCAGCCCCAGAGAAUGAAUGAAAUUGAAAUAGCUGCUACAUUACAUGUACAAUACCGGGCUCUGCAGUGUUGCAUUCUAUCAUACUAUAUCAAAAUGGCCACAGCGGUACAGAACCCCCUCAAAUCGCAAUCUGGAGGCGCAGUCAUCAAGAACAGCCUCGGCGAGGAGUUCUACAAGGAGGCCAUUGAGCACUGCCGCAGCUACAAUGCCCGUCUGUGCGCCGAGCGCUCCAUGCGGCUCCCCUUCCUGGACUCCCAGACCGGCGUGGCCCAGAGCAACUGCUACAUCUGGAUGGAGAAGAACCACCGUGGGCCAGGUCACGCUCCAGGUCAGUUGUACACGUAUCCCGCACGCUGCUGGCGCAAGAAGAGACGGCUAAACAUCCUGGAGGACCCUCGGCUCGUACCCAUCGAGUUCAAAAUUGACUACGAGGCUUCCCUGAAGAAGGAGGGGGGCAUCCCAGAUGGUCCCGUGCUGGAGUCGCUGCUCGCUGGGGAGACCCUGGACAAGAAAGUAGAAACCAAGGAAGAAGAGCCAAUGAGCGAGUGUCAGAAGCUGCUCGUCGGGGACUUCCCUCACGAGCUGGAGGUGGACGAGCUGGAGGAAGAUGUCCCAAAGCGCAAGAACCGAACCAAAGCGCGGGCCUACGGUGUCGGAGGCAUGAGGAAGAGACAAGAGCCGCCUGCUAUUGAAGACAGAGACAAGCCUUACGUCUGUGACAUCUGUGGAAAGCGCUAUAAGAACCGCCCAGGGCUGAGCUACCAUUACACUCACACGCAUCUGGCAGACGAGGAGGGGGAAGAGGACUCGGAGCGACACACACUACCCUUCCAGCGCAAGAACAACCAUAAGCCCAAAAAAGCAGCGGACGGUUCGGUGAUUGCCAACAGCUACUGUGACUUCUGCCUUGGAGGCUCAAAGAAGACCGGAUGUCCUGAAGACCUCAUCUCAUGUGCGGACUGUGGACGCUCAGGCCACCCCUCCUGUCUGCAGUUCACAGUGAACAUGACGGCGGCGGUGAGGACUUAUCGCUGGCAGUGCAUCGAGUGCAAGUCCUGCAGCCUGUGCGGCACCUCUGAAAACGACGACCAGUUGUUGUUCUGUGAUGACUGUGACAGAGGCUACCACAUGUACUGUCUGAGCCCCCCCAUGUCUGAACCGCCAGAGGGGAGCUGGAGCUGUCAUCUGUGUCUGAGACAACUGAAGGAGAAGGCCUCGGCCUACAUCACCCUCACUUAAUCUGCGGGGCCGCGCUUCAUCCUCUCAGCUCUUCAUCCUCUCCCAAAGCACCUCUCCGUCGCCCCUCUCUGUGCCUCAGCAGCCGCCGCGCGUCCUCUGAUCCGCUUUCAGCUACUUCCUCCACAAUCCGGCCCCGGUGACCUUUGACACGGCCGUGCACACGGCCCCCCAGCGGCGCCGCCCGUCUUCUCCAGCGUCUCUCCGGCGGCGAGGCAACCUCUGUCCCUCUGUGUCACACAUUAUUCCCCGCUGUGCUCGACCUGAACCCCCUCGCUCCCUGCUCCGUCUCAACAGAGGAAUCCAUCAGCUGGCCAUAAGUUUGCUAGCGAGACCCGCACUCCAGCCUGCCAAGGGCACUUCAGAGGCAUACUACUCAACGGGAACCCUCUUAAGGGCCCUUGGAAGAGCCCUAAUGAUCUUCAGCUGCAACUCAGUCAAGUAGCAAGUGAGAAUUAAUAGGAUGGAUAGGUGUUAGGCCGAGGACAGGGCUUGGAAGACCCUGGAUAACCGCGGAGCAGUAUGUUUCAGUGUUAGCCAACUGUGAAAUAUACACUGAACCAAAUUUUUAUUUACUCCCUCUGUCCUUUACCGUGUGGAGCCGAGACUCUCCAUUAUUAGCCCGCAGGGCUUGCUGCCCCGCGCAGUUUUAAAGAGGGCACAGCGAAUUGUACAGAAUUCGGACUGAUUCUCUGUCUGGACACGCGCGGAACUCCUCUCUUUGGUCGAAGAGCGAGCGAGCGAGCGGUCGGGAACUCAGACCAUCUUCGACCUCAUCCUGUCCGAUCUCCUUGCAUGGGGUCCCGCGAGUCAGCGAUGCAUUCUGGGAUUAACUCCGGAGGUUUAGUGUUGAAUGUCAUCGUUGGAUGAAAGGAGAGACGGAUUUUUCUCUAAUCAGCUAAUGCUGAUCAAACAAUGUAUUUAAAAAUGACAAUUUAGGCUUAGCAUCUCUCUCACAAAUCCUUGACCUGAUCUUUAUUUGCUCUUUUCUUCUAUGAAACACUGACUGUGAAGCCACUGCGAGACUGAAACGUUCUUGGUGCUUGGUGUGUGAGAUCUGUGUGUUAAGAAUGUAGGAUUGAUGUGUGGACAAUGCAGAUCUUUGUCCGGCCACCGCCGAGGCAAGUCUUUUUUACGAUUCCCCUUUUUUUUAGUUUUGUUUUCAUUUGCAUGUUGUUAUUUUAGCUGUUUUUAAAGACUUUUAAUUGAAAUUGAAAAGAAAGCACACUUAAUUCGCAAUAAUGUGAUGUGAACUAUUUUGGCCAAACUGGGUGUGUUUUAAACUCUGUGUGUGCCUGCGAGUCUGCGUGAGUUUAUCCGAGCACUCGAGUAACUGUAGCCAGCCUCAAGCCCAGAGCGUAGUAACAGGAAGGGUUUGUGAAUGUAAUGCAACUGCUUGGGAAAUCUCACGUCCUGGCAGCGAAAGGGAAGGAACACUUUGACAGUUUGGGAAGAACACGCAGAGACAAAACGUGCAACAAUACGAAACAAUAAUAGUUUUAUGGUGGAAUAUGUGUCAAACUAAGUUACAGCGCCCGGCCAAGAAAUGCUUUGGCCUGUUGCCUCGUGUGACUUUUAUCCGUUUUGUGUAUGGAUUAUACAAAUAAGAUAACAAGGGGCGCCAUAGCAUCUUUAUCCUGAGCUAAGCUAACUGCCUGCUGGCUGGAAUCAGAUAGAAACUAAUGUUAUAAGUCUUCUCAUGUAUCUUGUAGCAAUAUAGCAAAAAAAAAGGCAUUUCCUCCAAAUUGUCAAAUUAUUCCUAAUCAAUUAAAGUGAUCAUCUCCCCUCUAGACUAAAUGCCAUUGAAAGCCAAUGAAUGCAUAACAUCUGUACUGUAUUUAUUUCUGUCAGAUGCCACAUGAGUUUACUGCAUUUAGGAGAGUGACACACCAAAAACACCACCACAAGACAAUGACCCGUCAGUGAUCGAGGGCUCUGGGUGAAAGUUCUUGUUGUGUUUCUUAUAAUUAGAAUAUUGUGACUGAUAUAAAGCUGGAAGAGGCCACAGAACCACCAAGUGUGACCUGUUUAACUUCUCAAGGCAACUUGAGCACAUUGUAGUCCAGCGGCUGAGACUGCGACAGCUGCUUUAGGAGGACGUUAGGCAUCCAUCCAAUGACCUCUGAGCUUUACGCUGUAAAUAUGGAAUUGAAUUAAGGGCAACAAAAUCCCAUUUCAUGUUCAGAUCAAAGUGUGAAUGUGGGUUUUGGUGUGAAUGACCAUCGAUUUAAUGCUGCAUCAUUGUCUCUAAACAGAAGCUCACAGGACCAGACGGCUUGUGGGACUGCACCUGAUACACGAGUGCUGCGCUAUCCCUCAACUCAGUGUAUCGCCACUGAUGCAUGAAUGACAUGAAUGAAAUGUUUCAGAAUUCAUGUUUUGACAUCAAGUGACUUUUAAAAAAUAACAAUGGUUUGUUCAUUUCCUGUUGGUUUCCUCGGUCAAUUUAAUCCGUAUUGUUUCAUUGUUUCACAUUUUGCACAGUGUGUGUGUGCGUGUGCGUGUGUGUGUGUGUGUGUGUGUGUGUGUGUGUGUGUGUGUGUGUGUGUGUGUGUGUGUGUGUGUGUGUGUGUGUGUGUAGCCACUCACCACUGGAAGGUCAGCGAAAAGCAAACUGAACCAAAAUAGUAAAUUAUUGUCAUUCUGCAGACAUUUUGUUCUCAGUGGAACCACAUGCAUGGCACAGCACUGCAAGAGGACUAUUGUUGAGUACAGAACACAACAAAAGUGUACUUCAGCGCACACGUUACACACAAGGCACUUACAUCAAGAACAAUUUUGAUUUUAUUGUGUUGAAUUUGUUUUACUAACAGAAACAGCUGAAUCCAAUCAAAUAUAUUUAUUUCCAUCGACCAAUCAGAGCUAAUAACAAAAUCUGAAGUGUGCUUGAGUCGAAGGAGUUUGAUGGUGAAAUGGAUGAUGAUUGUUAGAUAGAUUGAAUAUAAUGGAUGUGCUUGUGUGGAUGGAGACUAAUGAUGAUGUUGAUGAUGACUGAAAAGCCUUUGUAUUGGGAGCUUUCCUGGCACUUAGUAGGAGAAGCAUGGCGGAGUCAAACUUCUUUUGAUUGUACUAUCUGGGGCGGGUGGGGAAGCCAUGUUGAGGUUUAGAAAGUGUGGGUGUCCACGUGACUAUUUAUUAAAACUCAAGCCUUCGCUUUGUACAAAUGGUAAAAACCAAGAUGGCGGUGACGAUGGGGGUGAAACAAAGCUUCACCGGGAGCCUCCAGGCCUCGAGCUAAUGCCAUUGCCCCCAUCGCUCUCCAUUUUAAGCUGGCUCAGUCAAAGGGUUGAGACUUUAGGCCAUUGUCGGCCUCUAUUGUAAAUUGUUGUUCUGUAAUCUUGCUUGCACUUUUUUUUCCAUUUCCCAAAAACAAGGAAUUAAUUGUAAGUAUGUAUGUGAGUGAGUGUGGGUGUACAUUUUGUUUCCGAUCUUAACAUUUUUUUAUGUGACUGUCUGUUGUAAACAACUGGAUAAAGAUGAGUUUUUAAUUUGUAUUUUUUACGAAAUCUUCUUUGGCAUUUUUUAACCCUUGAUUCCUCUCAUUUCCUCUCUCUCUCUCUCUCUCUCUCUCUCUCUCUCUCUCUCUUACCUGGGGAUGCUUUGAAAUGUGGACUGAGACCGCAUUGCUGUCAUCACUGCUGUCAGUCAUUCUCUGUGAAUUCAUCAGGCUUUUCUCGAUUUGCCCAGUUUUUUCUCUCUUCCCUCAACAAUUUUUUUUCCAUUAAAAAGGCGAAAGUGAAAAAUGAC